GCUCAUGGGACAUACCAGGGGCCAGAAGUUGGCACCAGCACUAUCUCCACAGCAGAGCAGCAGAAGGGGGAGGAGCCAGCUCGUUCCCAGACAAUACAAUCCCCACACACAUACACGCAGUGUAUGAUCAGUAAGAAGCCUGAAUCUGUCCAGUAGCCAGAGCGCUCUGCUGCUGCACCGCAUACAUGUCUGUGUCCCUACGCACAGGGCAGCACUUCCCCACCGACAGGAGCUGUAGCAGCUGCACCUUUCAUCUCGGGAGGCAGAGACAAACGCGGCCUCAGCCCCAGAAAGCUGCAUGACUGUUUGCUCGGUCUCUUUCAUCUGAUGCUAACAGAGCCCAAAGCAAGCAAAUCGCAAUGUGAAGAUGGAUUUAUUUUCAGCUCCUUAUUACUGUGUGAUUAAAAGCAAUGGGACAUGGCACUUUGCGUUACCAGGCAACAUUCCUUCAAAAAAAUAAAAGGAGGAGAGAAAUCUGGAAUUUGCAGUAAUGGUUUUUUCAGUAAUGCUUACACCUGCUCAUUCUGCAACCUACUACAGCACUCAUGUAAUUUUUGAGAAUGGCUUCAUUAAAGUAACAUCUCCUCAACCUUCUUUGAGUGGUAACUUGGAUUCUCUGCUACGAUAUAGUCCAGUUGCCAUGACCACAACUGAGACAACUAUUUUACCACUGAACAUUUCUACAACUCCGUCAACAAAAGAUUUGGUUGAGACCUUGAGUUUGCCUCUUCAGAUCAUUCUUUCUGCUGUGAUGAUAAUUAUCCUCUUGUUGUCAUUUCUUGGAAACUUUGUAGUGUGCCUCAUGGUUUACCAAAAAGCUGCCAUGCGCUCUGCAAUCAACAUUUUACUAGCCAGCUUGGCCUUUGCUGACUUACUGCUCUCUAUCCUGAACAUGCCCUUUGCUUUAAUCACCAUUAUCACCACAGAAUGGAUUUUUGGAGAUGUCUUCUGCAGAGUGUCUGCCAUGUUCUUCUGGUUGUUUGUAAUGGAGGGUGUUGCUAUCUUACUAAUAAUCAGCAUUGACCGGUUUCUUAUUAUAGUUCAAAAACAAGAUAAGCUAAAUCCAUACCGGGCAAAGAUUCUCAUUAUAAUAUCGUGGGCUACUUCUUUUUGUGUGGCUUUUCCUUUGGCUGUUGGCAAGCCUCACUUGCAAGUACCAUCUAGAGCCCCACAAUGUGUCUUUGGCUAUACCACAAACUCUGGUUACAAAGCUUAUGUUAUACUUAUUGUCUUAAUAUUCUUUUUUAUCCCUUUUAUGGUGAUGCUGUAUUCUUUCAUGGGCAUACUGAACACUGUGCGCCACAAUGCAGUUCGUAUACAUAGCCAUCCAGACAGCAUUUGCCUCAGCCAGGCUAGCAAGCUAGGUCUUAUGAGCCUACAAAGGCCCUUUCAAAUGAAUAUAGAUAUCAGCUUUAAAACUCGUGCCUUCACAACAAUUUUGGUUUUGUUUAUUGUCUUUAUAUUGUGCUGGGCACCAUUCACUACUUACAGCCUGGUUGCUACAUUUAAUAGUGACUUUUACAACAAGCACAACUUUUUUGAGAUAAGCACGUGGCUACUUUGGCUAUGCUACCUCAAAUCUGCACUAAACCCAAUCAUUUACUACUGGAGGAUAAAGAAAUUCCGUGACGCUUGCUUGGAUUUAAUGCCCAAGUACUUUAAGUUUUUGCCACAGUUACCUGGCCAUACAAGAAGACGUAUUCGGCCUAGUGCCAUUUAUGUGUGCGGAGAACACAGAUCUGUAGUGUGAAAACAUAGGCUAUCAUUUUCUGGGUGAAUGCAAUUUAAACUUGUGUGUGUUUUGACAUAUUUCCUAAGUGAUUAAUAUGUUAUUUACCACAAUAUGUAAAUUGAAAACCUUUUACCUCCUAGGAUUUAAGGUAAAUCCAUGUUUGAGAAGUACUCUGUCAGGUAAUGUCCAGGCCUGCUUUUGAUGUAUCUGCAGGCGGGUAUAAUGUAUGCUGCUACAACUGGUGGAUGUCAUUUUUUUUUUUUUCUUAACGGACAAAUGUUGCUGCUUUUUGCUAUUAUAGUUGAGCCAAAAAUGUCCUAUAGAAGGGAAUGGCAGGAUCAUUAGAUUUUUUACAAAUCAUUUACAAUAUUAUGUAAAAAUGUAUUUAUCGGUCAUCUAUUUUUCAUUUACCCCUGGGGCUAAAUCUCUGUUCUACCCAUUGGGUAGAAUCUCUAUCCUCCAUAGCAUUCGAGCAAUGAUGAUAACCUACAGGACGGGUGAAAUUUUUGCGCACUUUAUCAUAGAUUAUAUACAGAAUAAUGUUUUGGAAAUGAAAGCUGAAGUUGUAGUUUUGAUACAUACAUGACUUUUUGGAAACAUAGAGCACUAGUGACAUACAGAUAUUAAUACAGAUAUUAAUUAGAAGAUCAUGAAAUUAUAAAGAUUAUAGAGUUUUAAAGGAAGGUUAUCAGGGCUUUAUUAUUAUAGAAAAAAUUCAAAUAUAUAAAUGCAUAUAUUUUUUGCUAAACACAGACGUGCCAACAGUGCAUAAACAGGGUUAAAGUAAUAUAAGUUAGGCUUACUAUACUGUUAUAUUCAAUGUUAUGAAUUCUUUUGGCCCUUUCAGGAAAGAAGUCCUAUUUUGGUGGGGUAGGGAGAGUAUAUACUGACCAAAUGAUAUUAUUUUAUUACCAAUUAGACAAACUUAGGCUUCACUUGUGGUUACUUGAAAGAUAAUUUAAAAACAAAAUAUUAAGGCAGUUCCUUGAAAAAAAUACACAUGAGGUA